AACAAUCACGCGUUGUGUUACACGAAUACCUGAGGACAGUCUAAAACGCUGUAAAAGAGGAAAGAAGAAGAAUACCACAGCACGCAGAAUUAACUUCACAACAGGAAAUCUUCACAAAAAUAUCCUCAAGUGUAAAACUUUCUGUCAAAGUCACAAGAUCAGCCUUUUUGUGGCUAUCCUCUUAGUUCCUUCAUUUAAAUAAUGUCGCAGCACAAAUGUGAACUUAAUUUUCUCUCUCGGUCAGAUGGCUCGGCAUUAUAUUCAAUAGGAAACACGGUGGCUCUUGCAUCAGUGAAUGGGCCUGGAGAUACAAAGAAAUCCAACCGUCUGUACAACAGAUCACACCUAGAUGUCUGUUAUAGUCCGUGUACAGGUCAACCAAUGAUAGGAGAAAGAGCAUUGGAAGCUGUUAUUGCAAGGACUAUAGAACAAGUUGUUCUUGUUCAUUUACACCCAAGAACAGCAAUCAAUGUUACUAUCCAAGAGAUGCAGUCAGAUGGACUUGCUCUCUCAACAAGUGUGAAUGCUGCUUGUAUGGCUCUAAUGGAUGCAGCUAUUCAGAUGAAUAACACCUUUGCUGCAGUCACAUGCUGUAUUACAGGAGAUGACAUCAUAAAGAUUGAACCCACAGAAGCUGAGAUUAAGGAGAGUGUAGCAGUUGCCACAUUUGUUUUUGAAGGUUUGGGUCUCAAGGUCUUGUCAGCCCAUCAGGAAGGUCGUUUGAAUGAAGAAACAUUCCAGUCCUGCCUUAGUAAGUGUCAGAUUGCAGCGAAAGAUGUCUUCAAUUUCUAUAGACAAACCAUGGAGAAAAAGUACAAAGAUGACAUAUACUAAUAAAAACUCA